ACCAUUUGGAAACCCUAUCUUCUGUCCAUGUUCAAUGCCAAUGAGUCCACUCAUUUCUCCAAACCAGUAAAUGGCGGAAGAAGAGAGAGAGAGCUCAAUGCAACCAGAAUUUCCGACUGGUCGGGUGAAGAAAAUCAUGAAGCUGGAUCCCGAAAUCCAGAGAGUAAGUUCAGAAGCCUUGUUCCUGGUAUCAUGCUCCACCGAGCUCUUCCUCCGAUUCAUGGCUGAAAAGUCUGCACAAGUCGCCGUCGAGAAGAAGCGCAAGAUUGUGAAGCUUGAACACCUAAGAAUCGCUGUCAAGAGGCACCAACCAACCAGCGAUUUUCUGCUUGAUUCUCUUCCUCUGCCGUCUCUGCCCGUUGAUCGCCCGACCAAAGAUCGGAGUCAAUCUAAGGAUGCUGAUAAGCCACCUCCACCAGGUGCUCGCCGUAUUGAUCAUUUCUUCCGAAAGCCCGAAGACGAAGCGUCAGAACCGAGGGAUGAACCUUAGGUUAUGUCCAUAUGACGGAACAAGCAAGAAGGGGAGCAGAGACGUUUUUUUGCUUUAUAUCGUCACUAAAGCUGAGAUGACUUGGUAUAAGCACGAAGAUGAGAUUCAAACUCCCAUAAACGGAUGUUCUCUUUCUACAACGUUAUUAGAUUAGUUUAUCUUGGUUUUUGGAUUAAGAUUAUGAUGCACAUCGUGUCCUGCAAUCCAAGAAUGGCCUGUUUUCAGAAUUAUAAGAGGAGAUUUGUAAUUUGAUGUCAAUUUACUAGCUUAAUGUAAUGAUGAUGCACUUCUCCUUUGAUGUUUCCUUCUAUGCGGGCAUACAAAGACUCGACACUAUAAAUAUUGCCGGAAGAUUUGAUUAUUUACACUAAUUUGGCACCUAAA